AUGGCCUGUUGGCAUGGAGCCGCUCGUCGCUUGGUGCUUGACAGUCCCUUUGCCCAAGUUGUGAGACGUUGGCAGAGCUCCACCGGCAUCAACCCCAGCAGUCUUGCCAGAACAUCCACAUGGCAUUAUGGCGACUUGUGCAAAAAGGCAUCCCGGUUUCGUUCGUGUAUUCGAGCACCCGAACUUCGCACAGCUUAUGAGGAGGUGCAGGGGCUGCUUCAGUCAGUCAAACUAUCGGCAUCUCCACAGAAGAUUCAAUCUGCGACAGAGGUUCUCAGAACCACGUUGGAGAAGGCCUUUGACAAGGAGCAAAAUUUCGAAAAAGCUCUUUUUCAAGCCAUCGCCAAGGCAUUUGGAUUGAAGGGCAACCAGUCGCUUGGAAACAAAGUCCAUCUUCACACCGGCCCCUCUUGGUCUCUGACGCUGAGGCGUCAAACUCAAACUCAAGACUUGGCAUUGGAUGGCAUCCCAAGUACAAUCGCCCUGGCCAAAGGUGCCAAGGCAGACUUGACUUUGACCCUUGAAAUGAACCAACGGAGUUACCCGCUUUGCGUCCUCGAGCUGAAAACGGAUCCCCGAUCCGCAACGGAUGCCCAGUGGCCUGACAAGGAGGUGUCAGGGGUGAUGACGCAACCCUUGAUGACAGCACUCAGUUGGAUUCCACCGUGCUUGGAUGCACUGUGCUUGAACUUUGAGGGUCUCUUGACAGCUGUGGUAUCGUCCAAGAGCACACGGGUAACUGCGACCAAGCACCGAGCAAUCCUUGUCGAGAUUGUAAAGCCUGAGGUUUUCAAGCCAUGGACGUGCUCAAUCCCACAGGAUUCGGAAUCGAUUGACACGAUUGUUGCCAUAGUGGCGCGCGUGCUUGCUGGAGGCAUGGAACUCGGUAUGGCAGCAGUAAGUCAGACAGGUGUGCCAGGCACCGACCAAUCAUAUGUUGGUCGCAUUCCGCCUGCCUGGAAGUGCAACAUUGUUGGCAAUCCACUCGCAGCACCUUUAGGUGGAGUCCAAUUGCCCAAAGUGUUGAGCCAGGGCAUCCUAUGGCAGGCCAAGGCAGUUGCGAACUGCAUCGUUGCUAGCAUGGAAGAUCGGGCAGUUGUGCAUGGCCAUGCAACAACAGGAGGUGCUGGUGAUGAGCCCUUGUACUUGAAAGCUCAGUCGCUUUUCUACCCACACAUGAUCAAUCUCAGCGAGUUCAAAUGUGCCCACCAAGUACUAUGGGAAAAAGGCGUCGCUGCCACCUUCCCAUACCUGCUGUGCAGUGCGUCGACCGAAACAACAACAAUGACGAUGAUGAAAGCGGUCAACGGUCGGCCGCUGACUGCGGCUGAUGUGAGGGUCAAUCCACAAAUCCUGGCGGGGGUCGCAGAGCAAGUGGAGGCAUUGUUGCAGGUCAGGCUGACCCAUGCUGACAUUCGUUACCCAAAUGUGGUCGUCCUUGUCGAUGGCAGGAGCAGUUUGCUGGACCUCGAAUCUUUGAUCUUCGGGAGCUUGCCAGACACGAAGUCAACGCGCCUUGAGUACUGCACUAUGGGUGCCAAGAGAUUCGACCUUCUUGGUUGCGCUGCAUGGCAAUUUUCACUACUGCUGUACAGGGCUUUUCGGCUGAGUGGAUCCGUGGAGGAGACUAUGGAGAUGUUUGAAGAAUGGCUCCAACAAAAAUGCAACAACAACACGCCAUUGCUGCAGCUUGCAAUGAAGCAUGCCUCUGAGGAACAUGCACCCCAGAGUCCAAUGCACACAGGCUUCAAAGCAGGCUUCGUGGCACUUGCAAUGAAGACUCUUGAGCAGUUCAGCUAG